AUGCCGAAGAACACUGGAGAAGCACUGGCAACCGUUCUUCUCCUCAUCGUCGUCCUACUCGUUCCUGAAACGAAUUCCGCUCGAAAGACCACCACAAGGAAGCCGAUGACAACGACUACCGUUGACGUCGGCCUCUACGUCUACGACGACUAUACUGACGAAGGUUGCUCGGCGCAAAGCUUGGUAACUCAAGAAUCAUUCCAUGUGCAAGACGGUGUGUGA